UUUUUUCUAUUGUUAGAAUAUAGCUCAGUGGAGAAAAAUGGGAUAUCACAAUUCUCCUGAACAUGAAAAUUUCCGCCAACUUCUUCAAGCACCAGUAAGCGACGCACAAGAAAUCUUACAAAGCCGUUUUCCAAUGCCAAGAUAUAUUGAUUGUGAUCAGGGAGGUUCGCAGGCUCGUUUUCUGUUAUCAAAAGUAAAUCCAUCUAUUACUCAUAAUAAUAUGUAUAAUUGGGCUCAGGUAAGACCUUUUGUUUUUAUAUUUGUAAUAUUUAUUACUCAUCAGAGUUUAAAUUAGAAAAAAAAUGUAAUAUAUAGGCACAUUUAAUGAGUCAAUUCUAUC